AUGGGAAAACCGCCGAAUCUUUAUGCCUUCCAGGGCAUCGACGACCUCGCACCGAGCCUCCGCACAUACGUCUUGGAAGCGCAGAACGCCGCGAUAAGUCGCCAUGGAGUGUUCCGGGUGGCCGUAUCUGGCGGGUCGCUGCCCAAGGUCCUGGGCCAAGCACUCCUGAAAGAAUCGAACGGCGAAGCCAAGGUUCAGUUCGACAAGUGGGAGAUAUUCUACGCUGAUGAGCGUCUCGUGCCUCUCGACCACGAAGACAGCAAUCACCGGCUGGUGAAGGCGGAACUUCUGGACAAGAUCCCUGCCGAGCUCGGCCAACCCAAGGUCUUUCCAAUCGACGUCAAGUACCUCGACGAUGCGCAGGAACUCGCAGACCAGUACGAACAGACACUCGUCAGCGUCUUCGCGGCGCGGGACAGCGUGCGACUGCCCAUGUUCGACCUGCUCCUACUGGGAUGUGGCCCGGAUGGUCACACCUGCAGCUUGUUUCCUGGCUCUCCGCUUCUGCGCGAGACCGAUGCGUGGAUUCUGAAGAUCGAGGACUCGCCCAAGCCUCCGCCGAAACGCAUCACGCUCUCGCUCCCGGUUGUGACACAUGGCAUCAAGAUUGCCUUCGUCGCUACAGGCGGAGGAAAGAAGGACAUCAUGAAGGAAAUAUUCGACAAGGAUGAUGGACGGGAGCUGCCUUGCGGACUGGUCAACGCGCAAGCGCAGGAGAGGGUCAGUUGGUUCGUGGAUUAUCCGGCUAUUGAGGGAGUCUCUUUUCCCGCACGCCGAGGCAGUCUCUAG